GACCCCCGGGGCUGGCUGUGUGGGAGUAGGCGAGCAGCGGGGCUGGCUGAACGCGGAUUCGACAUGUAACCAUGGACUGCAGGAUCAAAGAAAAUCCAGAAAGAACAUUCGAUUUGGUAUUGAAGGUGAAAUGUCAUACUAUUGAGAAUGAAGAACCGGUGGUACUAUGGAAGUUCCCAGAGGACUUUGGAGACCAGGAAGUGCUACAGAGUGUGCCAAAGUUCUGUUUCCCCUUUGACAUUGAAAGGGUUUCCCAAAAUCAAGUUGGACAGCACUUUACUUUUGUGCUAACAGACAUUGACAGUAAACAGAGAUUUGGAUUCUGUCGUUUAACAUCAGGAGGCAAAAUUUGCUUAUGCAUACUAAGCUACCUUCCCUGGUUUGAGGUAUACUACAAGCUUUUAAAUACUCUAGCAGAUUAUUUGGCUAAGGAACUGGAAAAUGAGUUGAAUGAUAUGCUAAAAUCACUGUACAGCCAACCUGUACCAAAGGCAAAUACUCCUGUUAGUCUGAAUGUGCAGUCUUACUUCAUUGCCCCCGAUUUAAAUGGACUGCCAACAAUACCUGAAAGUAGAAAUCUUACAGAAUAUUUUGUUGCUGUGGAUGUGAACAAUAUGCUGCAACUGUAUGCCAGUAUGCUACAUGAGAGGCGCAUCAUCAUUACUGCUAGCAAAUUAAGCACUUUAACUGCUUGUCUUCAUGGAUCAGCUGCACUAUUAUAUCCAAUGUACUGGCAACACAUAUACAUCCCAGUGCUUCCAUCACAUCUACUGGACUACUGCUGCUUAAUAAGAGUGAAAAGUAAAUCAUUAGAAGAUGUGGUUAUGUUAAAUGUCGAUACAAACACUUUGGAAACACCAUUUAAUGACCUCAGCAACCUACCAAGUGAAGUGGUCUCGGCCUUGAAAAAUAAACUGAAGAAGCAGUCUACGGCUACGGGUGAUGGAGUAGCUAGGGCCUUUCUUAGGGCUCAGGCUGCUUUGUUUGGAUCCUACAGAGAUGCACUGAGAUACAAACCUGGGGAGCCCAUCACUUUUUGUGAAGAUAGUUUUGUAAAACAUCGUUCCAGCUUAAUGAAGCAGUUUUUGGAAACUGCAGUGAACCUUCAACUUUUUAAACAGUUCAUUGAUGGUCGAUUGGCAAAGCUCAAUGCAGGAAGAGGAUUCUCUGAUGUAUUUGAAGAAGAAAUCACUGCAGGUGGCUUCUGUGGAGGAAACUCAAGAACUUAUCAGCAAUGGAUGCACACAGUCAAGAAAGGAAGUGCAUUAUUUAAUACAGCAGUGACCAAAGCAACCCCUGCUGUACGAACAGCAUAUAAAUUUGCAAAGAAUCAUGCUAAACAAGGAAUAAAAGAAGUAAAGAGUAAACUAAAACACAGGGAAAAUGAAGAAGACUAUGGAUCUUGCUCUGGUUCAGUACAGUAUACACCAGUUUAUACAAUGCACAGUGGGAAAGGUGGAAAGCAAGAGAAACAGAAACUAGCACAGACACGCUUAAAAAGGCCGGUUCACAGCACUGAUGGUGUUCAGUUUGAAGAUGAAGAUGAUGACAUGGACAGAGCAAGCAAGUUGUCAUCAGAAGAUAGUGAGGAAGCAUCUGCUUAUUUUUAUGAAAGUGACGAUUCAGUUGAAGCUAGAGUAAAGACUCGUUACCCAGGUGAAAUGGACUUACUAGGAGAAAUCCUUGAUACUUUGAGUACACAUAGCUCAGAUCAAGGAAAGCUAUCAGCCGCAAAGAGCCUGGAUUUUUUUAGAUCAAUGGAUGAUAUUGAUUACAAACCUACGAACAAAUCCAAUGCACCUAGUGAGAGUAAUUUGGCUGUACUUUGUAGCAAUUCUAGUGACCAAGCUGAAUGGAAUCUUGGUCAAGAUGAUAGUGCUCUCCAUGGGAAACAUCUCCCACCAUCUCCAAGGAAGCAUGCUGCUUCUUCUGGCUUGACGGAAUCUCUCUUUAUUCUGAAAGAGGAAGACAAUGAAAAACACCUCAGUGCCAACAAUGUGAAUUGCCCAAGGAUGGUGGUAAAUUCAGCUUCUGUGGAAUCAGUUUCACAACUUGAUUCUUCGGAAGAUUCACAAACAGUUAGACCUUUCCAAGGAGAAACUGAAAAGAAUGAAACACUAAGCCAUACCUCAGAUGAUCAACUUAACCUCAGCCUUAGACAACAUUUAUCUAUUCUAGUUCCCUGGGAAAAAGAUGGGAAUGAAGCAAAGGAAACUUCAGAAGAUGUUGGACUACUUCAUGAAGUGGUAUCAUUAUGUCCUAUGACAUCUGCUUUCCAUCAUGGUUUAAACAUUUCAGAGGAUAAUAGCAGUGGAAAUAAAACUUAA